UCAAGGGCUCUUGUUUUAGUUAUUUAUUAACUCAAGCUUUUAAUGCCGAUAUUUUCUAUUCUGAUUGUGGAAUUGGAGAGCUAGAUUAGAAGAAUGCUGAAUGUUUUCUGUUCUUUCAUUUGUUUGCUCACUUUUGCAGUGCUACUGCUAAUUCCAUUCUACUGAAAUAUGAUAACUAUGAUUCAACCACCAAUCAGUUUCACAUAACUGCAUUAUAACAUGUUUGCACUGGAGCAAUAACUAUAUUUAAAUAGAGAGUCCUGGAAUCUGCGAUCAGUCACUGAGAAAAAUGCGUGCUGUCCUGUCUAAUUUGAUAGAUAUGGAUUUCCAUGUGUUUAUUUAUGCUGCUGCUUCUUUCUGCCUGGCCAGCCUGCUCUUGAAAGUCAUCCAGUUGUGCCAAAGAAGACAGAGGUUGGUUAGAUCACUAGAGAGCUUUCCAUGCCCUCCAAAGCACUGGUUUUAUGGCCACACCAAUGAGCUUGGUCGGGUUGGGGAACUACAUACACUGCAGUCUUGGUCGGAAAAAUAUCCCUUUGGUCAUUCCUUGUGGUAUGGAGCUUUUUUGGGAUUCUUGAACAUUUACGAUCCAGAGUAUGCCAAGGCUGUAUACAGCAGAGGAGAUCCAAAGGCUCUUGAUUUUUAUGGAUUUUUUCUCCCAUGGAUUGGUAAAGGGCUACUGGUUUUAGAUGGGCCCAAAUGGUUCCAACACCGCCGACUUCUGACUCCAGCAUUCCAUAGUGAUAUUUUAAAGUCAUAUGUGCCACUGAUGGUUGACUCCAUUCAAGUGAUGCUGGAAAAAUGGGAGAAGCUGAUCUCAGCAGAUAAAUCCUUGGAUAUUUUCCCACUCGUUGGCUCCAUGACACUUGACAGCAUGUUGAAGUGCCUUUUCAGUUAUGACAGCAACUGCCAGAAUCACAGUGACAAUGAGUAUGUCCAGCAAAUCUCUAUCCUCAGCUGCUUGAUGCAGGAAAGAAUACAGAGGUUUCUGUAUCACAAUGAUCUUAUCUAUCGUUUUACUCCUCAUGGACACCGCUUUUUCAAGGCUUGCAAAAUUGCUCAUCGCCACACAGAAAAACUGAUCCAGGAGAGAAAGGCACUUCUCAAAGAUGAACGAGAACUUGAAAAAAUCCGAAAGAAGAAACAUCUAGAUUUGCUGGAUAUUCUUCUUCUUGCCAAAGAUGAAAAUGGUUCUGGAUUAUCUGAUGAAGACAUACGUUGUGAAGUGAACACAUUUAUCUUUGGAGCCCAUGAUUCUGUAACUAGUGGGAUUUCCUGGACCUUAUAUGCAAUGGCCCAGAACCCUGACCACCAAGAAAGAUGCAGAGAAGAGAUACUGGACAUUGUUGGGAAGCGAAAAACAUUGCAAUGGAAUGAUCUUGGUAAGAUGACUUACACUACAAUGUGUAUUAAAGAAAGCCUCCGCGUUUAUCCUCCAGUUGCUCAAGUGUAUCGAGAACUCAACAAACCUGUCACAUUUUUUGAUGGAAAGACAUUGCGUGAAGGUAGCUUGAUAUCCCUGAAUAUUUACGCUCUUCAUAAAAAUCCCAAAGUGUGGAAGAAUCCUGAGAUCUUUGAUCCCAAGAGGUUUUCUCCAGAGAAUACAUCUCAUCGACAUCCUUAUGCCUUUUUAGCUUUUGCUGCUGGGCCCAGAAACUGCAUUGGACAACAAUUUGCUUUAAUGGGGCUGAAGCUGGCUGUUGCUUUGACUCUGCUGCAUUUUCAAGUCUCACCAGAUCCUGCUAAUCUUCCUCUUGAAAAACCUGAACUUGUCACGCGCUCCUGGAAUGGAAUGCAUUUAUAUUUUAAAAAACUUGAAUGAUAAUAUGCACAAUACACUGUUUAUUUAAUUAUAGUGAUCUCUUCUAUUCAAAAUACCCAGAAUGGUAUAAAACCUGUAAUGCAAUGAAUGUAAAUGUAGUAGUAUAACUAAAUCUUUUUGAAAAGUAGUGACAAACAAUACUUUAAAGGAAACAGAAUUCUAUAGAGCUAGCAGCAAUAAAAGUAGUAAUUUCUCAUCAAAAACUUGUCGGAAUUAGUUUAUCUUUCACUUCUGGCAAAGACCUGCAAAGAACAGACUAAAAAUUUAUCUUUGCUUUAGAAAAACUUAAAAGGGUUCAGGAAAGGAUGCUGACAGUCAUUUCAUGGGUAAAGUGAAAUAUAUUAGUGCUAUCUUUUUUUUUAAAAAAAAAGUUUUGAUUUUUUUAAAUACAGCAGAAACAUACCACUUGUUGUUUAAUGUCUUCGAUUAAUCACAUUUGCCCAGCAUUACUUCCCCCCACUCUUAUCAGUAGUGCCAUGCAUCUGUCCAUGACUACACUAAACUCUGCAAUAUAUAAUCCAAUUAUACUUAUAUCAAAGGCACGAGGAUUUCAUAUCUACUCUCCUUGAUACCAGCGCACUAUGCCAACAGAUUAUGGCCAAGAUCCUAUAUGUGCUCAUAGCUCUGCACGUGCAGUUUCAAAUUCUCACAAAGUUUGGCAGCUGUUAAAAUCUUGGAGGAACCUCUCUUGAUAAAGAGAGGGAGAUGGGAGGUAAUGUAAACAAUAGAGAAACAGUUGGGAGUCAGCACAAUGUCAAAGGAGGAUUAGCAUAUGGUUCUGAAUAUUUUUUUUGGAUUUUGCUUUCUGGAUAGAACAUAAAGACAAGGGAAUAGCCCUUUCAGCUCCAUGCAAGGAGAGACUCAGGUGUGUGUGACUCAUUAAUAGGAAGUUGGCCUAUAUGCGUGUAAUUACAUCUUAAUGUAAGAUGAAUAAUUAAUACAAUCUUUAAUUAAAUAAUUGUUUCAAAUAACAUGUAUCAAGACUAAAGAUUCAUUCACUGGACAACUGAUUCUUGCAGCUGAUUCACUGCUGCUAUGUGUUACUUUGCAUAUGGAGAUUAUCGCACAGCGUUUUCCUACUAUACUGGGCAUGGGAUGUAAACUGGACGGAACGAAUGUUAUCGCACAGCCCCAUUCUCAUGCAGUACUCAUCGCUCACCCAGUCUGGCCUUCUCCCAUUCCUGGUCCAAAAUGGGAAAUUCCGUUCAUUGCUGUCAUGAUCACUUUGAGGCUGUUCCAGGUGAUGUGUAUGUGAUAAUCCUGCCAAUCUCAAUGUGUCCUUGUGUUCUGAUUGGUCAGGACUCCUUCCUCCCCUCCUGUCCUAUUACACUCCCCAAACUCUACUCUUAUUCUGGUUGUGACAUGAGGAGGAU